AUGAGCACAGAAAGCAUGAUCCGGGAUGUGGAACUGGCAGAGGAGACUCUGCCCAAGAAGGAAGGGGGCCCCCAGGGCUCCAGAAAGUGCUGGUGCCUCAGUCUCUUGUCCUUCAUCCUCAUCUUAGGAGCUACCACACUCUUCUGCUUGCUGCAUUUCAAAGUGAUCGGCCCUCAAGGAGAAGAGUUCCAGGAUGGCUUCCCGCUAAUUAACCCUCUGGCCCAGACCCUCAGAUCUUCUCAUUUUCCAAGCGACAAGCCUGUAGCCCAUGUUGUAGCACGCCACAUUGAAGGGCAACUACGGUGGCAGAAGGCAUCAGCCAAUUCACUCAUGGACAAUGGCAUGGAGUUGAUAGACAACCAGCUGGUGGUGCCUUCCAACGGGCUGUACCUUAUCUACUCCCAGGUCCUCUUCCAGGGUCGAAACUGCCCUCCCAGGCAGGUGAUCCUCACCCACAGCAUUAAGCGCCUGACUGCCUCCUACAAGGAAAAGACGGAACUCCUCUCCGCCACUAAGAGCCCCUGUGCCAAGGAAACCUCAGAGGAGGCAAAUUCUAGGCCCUGGUAUGAGCCCAUCUAUUUGGGAGGAGUUUUCCACCUGCAGAAGGGAGACCGGAUCAGUGCAGAGGCCAAUCUGCCCGAAUACCUAAACCUGGCCAAGCCCCACCAGGUCUACUUUGGGAUCGUCGCCCUGUGAGAGGGGCAACAUGUCCCUCCUAGCCUAUCAUCCCUCCUGUAGGCUUCCUCAUCUCUUUCUAGCUUAGAAGGGGAAUA